AUGGCGUCCCUCGCCUCUCUCCUCCCGCGAACCCCCUCGCCCGCUUUGCUGCACCGUUCCCCGCCUCCUCUCCACUCCUUAGUACCCCUCCCGCUCCUCUUGCCCUCCCCGCGCGCCAAUGGCCUCUGUCGCCCCUGUUGCGCCGCGCCCCGCUCCGCCGUCGCCCGCACGUCUCUCGCCGCGCGCACACCCGCCCUCCGCCCGCGCGUGGGCGAAAAGGUUCCGCCUUGCCGCGCGGCGGCGGAGUCGGAGGCGGUUGGGGACGGCGCUGGGGAGCGGAAAACGGUAUCGCUGGGGACGGCGGUGCUGCCGGCCGACUGCGAUCUGGCGGCGCUGGAAACGAUGAUGGCGCAGGUGGGAAUGGCGCAGGUGGGAAUGGCGCAGGUGGGAAUGGCGCAGGUGGGAAUGGCGCAGGUGGGAAUGGCGCAGGUGAGAAUGGCGCAGGUGAGAAUGGCGCAGGUGAGAAUGGCGCGGGUGGGAAUGGCGCAGGUGAGAAUGGCGCAGGUGAGAGCGGCGCAGGUGAGAGCGGCGCACGUGAGAGCGGCGCAGGUGAGAGCGGCACAGGUGAGAGCGGCGCAGGUGAGAGCGGCGCAGUGGGCCACAUCUCUCACACAGGACGCCAAUCUGCCUCUGCAGUCUCCUCUCAAGGUAUGCUCACCUCUUCACCUCUCCUCCUUUUCACCUCUCCUCCUCUCCUCCUCGCCUCCUCUCCACCUCUCCACCUCUCCACCUCUCCUCCUCUCUUCUUCUCCACCUCUCCACAUCUCCACCUCUCCACCUCUCCUCCUCUCUUCUUCUCCAUCUCUCUUCCUCUCCAGCUCUCCACUUCUUCUUGACUCUCCACCUCCCCUCCUCUCCACCUCUCCAUUUCAACUCCACCUCUCCACCUCCCCUCCUCUCCACCUCUCCAUUUCUCCUCCACCUCUUCUCCACCUCAAUACCACCCAGUUUUGCCUUCUGCCGUGUAACAUGCUGCGUGCUCCUGCCAUUGUCUGUCCUUCGUUCUCCCGCAUCCGAGGUUGA